AUGACCCAGUGCUCUCAGCAGACGCUGAAGAAAAGUGUGGAUAUGAAGUCCAGACUCGAGGAAGCCAUCUUGGGGACUGGGAAUGCCAGGACGGAAAUGAUGCUCAGGCGAAGGCAGAACUCGCAGUUGUCUCUGUCCGGCUUAGGUGGUUCACAGACUCCGCCCCCUAAUAUGGCCCCAGAGAAUGCUGGGUCGAGACUGAGAUGGAGGAAAGACCAGGUUCAGUGGAGGCAUUCAGUUGAGCUCUAUGACAGCCCCAGACCCCAAGAACAUGAGCUGGAGAGUCAGGACGAGGGUAGCUUGGCCGCUGAGGUCAGUUUGAUCUGUCUGGACAGCCUGGAACUCAUCAUUCAGAUAGCUCAAAAUUCAGAGACCUUGCAUCCACUGUUGGGCAGUUCUUUGAGAGUCCUGCUUCACUUGCUGUCUCUCAACCAGAGUUCACCGGUCCUGCAGCAUCUGUUUGCCACACAAAGAGCCUUAGUUACAAAGUUUCUAGAUUUGCUGUUUGAAGAGGAGACGGAACAGUGUGCAGAACUGUGUUUGCGCUUGCUGCGUCACUGUAGCUCCCCCAUUGCUGUCACACGGUCUCAGGCCUCCGCUUCCUUGUACUUGCUGAUGAGACAGAACUUCGAGCUUGGCAACAACUUUGCCCGCGUGAAGAUGCAGGUGACGAUGUCCCUGAGUUCGUUGGUUGGCCAGAACCAGACUUUCAAUGAGGAGUUUCUACGUAAAUCCCUCAAGACAAUCCUGACUUACGCUGAGGCAGACCAGGACUUGGAGAACACCUCUUUCCGAGAACAGGUUCGAGACCUUGUGUUCAACCUACACAUGAUCCUGUCUGACACUGUCAAGAUGAAGGAGUUUGCAGAGGACCCCGAGAUGCUGCUAGAUCUCAUGUACAGGAUUGCCAAGGGCUACCAGAACUCCCCGGACCUCAGACUAACCUGGCUGCAGAACAUGGCUCGUGACCACAGCAAGCGAGGAAACCAUGCCGAGGCUGCCCAGUGCCUGGUCCAUGCUGCUGGUCUGGUGGCCGAGUAUCUAAACAUGUUGGAGGACAAGCCUCACCUUCCUGUUGGAUGUGUGGCUUUUGAGAAAAUCACUCCUAAUGUUUUGGAGGAGAGUGCAGUGUCUGAUGAUGUUGUUUCUCCCGAUGAGGAAGGCAUAUGUACCGGAAUGUACUUCACAGAGAAUGGCUUGGUUGGGCUCCUGGAGCAGGCUGCAAGUUCUUUCAAUAUGGCAAGCAUGUUUGAGGCUGUCAAUGAAGUCUACAAACUGAUGAUCCCCAUCUACGAACACAACCGUGACUACAAGAAACUGGCACACGUACACCAAAAACUGCACGAAGCUUUCACAAAUGUCACGCGCCAGGAAGGCAAGAGAAUCUUCGGCACUUAUUUCAGAGUUGGCUUCUAUGGGGCCAAGUUCGGAGACCUCAACGGGGAGGAGUUUAUCUACAAGGAGCAGAUGAUUACAAAACUACCGGAAAUUUCACACAGGUUAGAGAGCUUCUACAGUGAGAGAUUUGGACACGAGUUUGUGGAAAUUGUCAAGGAUUCGAACACUGUGGAGAAAGAUAAACUAGAUCCAGAAAAGGCUUACAUUCAGAUUACAUACGUGGAGCCAUACUUUGAUUUGUAUGAGUUCAAGGAGAGAAUCACAUACUUUGACAAGAACUACAAACUUAAACGGUUCAUUUAUGCAACACCCUUCACCCUGGACGGCCGAGCUCAUGGGGAGCUGAGCGAGCAGUACAAGCGCAAGACGGUGCUCACAACAAACCAUUUCUUCCCCUACAUCAAGACCCGAGUCUCGGUGAUAGAGAGGCAACAGGUAAUCCUGUCGCCGGUAGAAGUGGCUAUAGAAGAUAUACAGAAGAGGACCAGAGAACUAGCGCUGGCCUUGUUACAGGAACCGCCUGACACCAAGAUAUUGCAGAUGGUUUUACAGGGUUGCAUCGGCACAACGGUCAAUCAGGGUCCCCUGGAAGUGGCACUAGUCUUCCUGAGUGAUAUUGCAGAAGGGAAGCAGUCUCCUUCGAAAGCUCACACCAAACUCAGGCUCUGUUUUAAAGACUUCAUCAAAAAAUGCGGAGAUGCCCUACAGAAAAACAAAACACUCAUCACCCAUGAGCAGAAGGAGUACCAAAGAGAACUAGAAAGAAACUACCACACCUUUCGGGACAAGAUCAGUCCGAUGAUCUCCACGACGACUUUAAGGAAACCCAGGCAUCAUAAAAGAGAGGGAAAGGAAUCUCGCAGCAAGCGGCAAUCAGACGUCAACUCUUCUGUGUGCUGA